AUGUCACAAGAAAAUAAUAAACAAAGCUAUAUAUUCAAGGAUUGCACGCCUCUUCUGAAGGAUAGUUUAACUAUCCAGGAUUCUUCCAGUGCAUAUAAACAAUUAGAACAAGUUACACAGUCUUUUCAUUGUCAUAAUGUCAAGAGUUCCGGUCUAUCUAAUAGGUUAAUUGCGCCAGAGUCAAUUGACAUCUUCAAAGCUAACGAUGCCUUCGAAUUCAGCUCUUACCAACCCUACAAUCAUCCAAUAGACGUCUUUUCCGACUAUGUUAGUACUAAGUCGUCGAGGAAGAGGGGCAAAUUUCAAACACAAACAUUUACCAUCACCAAUGCAUAUAAUGGUAGAACGCAGGAUGUAAUACUAAAAAAACCAGAGACAGAAAAUAAUAGCUUCAACUCUAAUGAUGUUACGAAUACGGAUGUUGAAGAUGUAGCUGAAAUGGAGAGAAAACAGUCUGAUCUAUUUAUGGGUUUGAUGACGGAUAGUUAUCAGCAAAGGAGCGUCGCAAAUUUCAACUAUGUGGAUGAAAGUUUCGAAAUCAAGACACCUGAUGAGACUGACUUCCUUUUUUCUCCUGCAUCAUCAGCAUCCUCUAAAUCUAUAGUAAGUUCCAAAUUUGUGCCAUUCGAAUCUGAAGCCUUCGUUAAAUUAGAGUCGCCAGAGCGAAAUUGGAUAAGCAAUGGUUCUUUGACGACGCAUGACAAAUUGGAUGACUUAUCAAAACAACUUCAAGCAGAGAUAAGACGCUUGAAUAGUAAGAAAAUAUCAGAAGUGAGUACAAAUAAAAUAGCGAAGAACAAAUUGAUAACUCCACCAACUACCCCAAGCCACAUGACAUUGGUAGAACAACUAAAGUCGGAUAAACCACUAUUACAAGCGAUUUCAAAUACCCAUAAGAGAGGCAGUUACAGAUGUGCACAUUGUCCUAUUAUGUUCUCUACUGUCUUCGAAUAUGCGUCCCAUUUAGAUAAGUAUGAAAUAAGAAGGGAGUUUAAAUGUCCCUUCGCAUUGUGCCCAUGGAAAAUCCUGGGACUUCCAAGAAGAUCAGACUUGAGGAGACAUUGUGCCAUUCAACAUAAGCAUGAGCUCCCUGACGACUUGAAGGAAUACUUAAACUUGAAAGAAGGAACGUAUCCCUCUAUGGAUUGUCCAAAUAAGUACUGUUCCAGAACCUUUUACCGAAAGGACGCCUAUAAUAGGCACGUUAAUGUGGUUCACGACAACUAUGAUUCUAGGUUUAAUAAACGACUACAAAAACUACUCCAAAACUGUCCCACGUUCGAAUCAGAAAACACAAAAAUAAAAUAUAUCAGGAAAAUGCUCAAUGUGAAGAAAAAGAAGAAGCAACAAGAAGUGUAA